GGGGGAGGGGGGGAAAGGCGGGGACCAGAAGAUAAUAGAAAGUAAUCAAAUCAAAUCAGCGUACUCACAUCGGAACUAGACUCACGGCGCCAAACAAAAGGACCGCUCCGACUACAACGCCGACCAGAUCGGUGCUCGGCCGAUCACCCGCCAUUCCCCUAGGAGCACGUCGGGGGUUCUGUUCGUUUCGUUUCCGGAACCGAAAGACGAGAACGAUUAGAAAGAUUGCAGAAGCAACAGGACACAGAAUAAGAUAGGUCCAAUGAGAUAGGGCAGACGUAGGAGACGGAUAAGUCGGCUAGACCGGGCCAGCAUGAUAACAGUAACACCCACCCCCAAAAAAAGAAGGGCCGAGACUAGUGGAGCAACGAGACGAGCGCCGGGUUGCAUUUAGGGUUGUGAGUGGCUCUCGGACCCCUCCCUCCUGCUGCGUGCCAAGAGCCACCAGGCCUCCAGGCAGACCGAAGGCGGGAAAGUACCCAAGAAGCGCCAAGGCUCUUCCGGGGCGCGGGAGACUUGGCGCUCCCGCUGGAGAUGCAGGGAGUGGUGGCCAAUCACGGACCGUCGCCACCCCUCGGUUCGCCGUAUUAAGUCACGCCGCCGAGCGUUAGCCGAGUCUCACGUGGCGGGCAGCCGGUCGUCUGCGUCAUACCCGUCAAGCAUUCGUCCAGAUACCCUCGUUUUGCCUCCCUCGUCCAAGGUUCGCUGCCAAGAAGGUUGUCGUCUCUGGCCCUGUGAUUGGCGUACGCCCGCUGGCCCAGCCGACGGUGAUAAUGGAAAUAAUCGAAUUGGUCUUGAUGCCAAGCGGAUGACUUUGCCCUCGCGUCAUCCCAGUCCUAAAGUUAAAUAGGCCAUGGAUUCCCCCCGACCCUCUGAAAGGAGGAACUUUAACAGCAGUAGGAUCUAGAUUUCCAACCCCGUGUGUCGGUUUUCAGGUUCGUGUAUGGACUCACAUUCUCUUGAGGACACAAUCUAUAUGGAGCCACCCUAAGAGACAAAGCUUCAUUAGUAGAACCAAGCAUCGACGCAAUACACACCCUUCCCCUCCCCACUCUCUCCCUCCUCUUACCUUUCUCAACAUCUCCCUCCUCCCCUCCAACUUUCUGCCAUCUUGAGACGCAAGAUGGCACACGACGCAAAAGAUCAGUCGCUGGGUGCGACUGAGCAACCGCUCUCCAGACCCGCCCACGCCCUCUCAUACGAAGACGUCCUCCGGGAACUUUCCGUCAAUUCGGAGGAAGGUCUGACGAACGCUGAAGUCAAACAACGGCUGAGCAAAUAUGGUCCAAACGAAUUGGAGGGCGGCGAAGGCGUUUCGAUGGUGAAAAUUGUCAUCCGACAGAUUGCCAAUGCAAUGAUGCUGGUCCUCAUCAUUGCCAUGGCCGUUAGUUUUGGUAUCCAAUCGUGGAUCGAAGGUGGUGUCAUUGCCGCCGUCAUUGGUCUCAACAUCGUCGUAGGUGUAUACCAGGAUUAUGCGGCGGAGAAAACUAUGGACUCUUUGCGGAACCUGAGUUCCCCCACUGGAGUGGCCACGCGAGACGGUAAAACUGCCACGGUGCCCGCCACGGAAAUUGUUCCCGGCGACAUGAUUGAACUCAAAGUGGGCGACACGGUUCCUGCCGAUGUUAGGUAUGUCUUUGCUCCUUCUAGCCAGACGAAUGGCUGGAUGCUAACAUGAUCGCCGCUAGACUUGUCGACGCCAUGAACUUUGAAACCGACGAAGCCCUCUUGACCGGAGAGUCUCUACCCGUGCAGAAAGAAGUUGACUCCGUAUUUGACGACGAUACUGGUCCCGGUGACCGCCUGAACAUCGCAUACAGCUCAUCCACAGUCACCCGAGGCCGUGCCCGUGGCGUGGUUGUCGGUACCGGAAUGCGAACUGAAAUUGGAGCCAUCGCCGCGGCGCUCCAUGCUAACGACUCCAGGAAACGACCAGUGAAGCGCGGUCCCCAGGGCGAAACCAAGAAGCGUUGGUACGUGCAGGCCUGGACCCUGACCUGCACGGAUGCCGUGGGACGAUUUUUGGGUAUCAACGUCGGAACGCCUCUGCAGCGCAAACUAUCCAAACUGGCCCUGCUGCUAUUUGCCAUUGCCGUCGUUCUCGCCAUCAUUGUCGAGGGUGCCAACGAAAUGCGCAACGACAAGGAAGUCAUCAUCUACGCAGUGGCAACAGGCCUGGCCAUGAUUCCUGCCUGUCUCGUGGUGGUCCUGACCAUUACCAUGGCGGUAGGAACCAAGCAAAUGGUUGAAAGAAAUGUCAUUGUUCGAAAGCUUGACUCCUUGGAAGCUCUCGGGGCUGUGUCUAACAUUUGCUCAGACAAAACCGGAACCCUUACUCAAGGGCGCAUGGUUGCUAAAAGGGCCUGGAUCCCGUCUAUGGGUACCUACUCCGUGGGAGCGUCGAGCGACCCAUUCAACCCCUAUGAGGGUGACCUGAGCUUGCUCUCUGACCCGCCCGUGAAGAUUGACCGUGAGAUGCUCGGCAAACCGACCCAGCCGGAAGAGUUGUUGAAAGACAACAAAGUGCUGGAGGAAUACCUCAACGUUGCGUCCAUGGCUAACUUGGCCCACGUUCACAAGUCCGACGCCGACGAGUGGCAGGCCCGUGGUGAGCCCACCGACAUUGCCAUUCAGGUUUUCGCAUCCCGGUUCAACUGGGGCCGCGAUCGCUGGACCAAAGGCGAGAAGGCUAUCUGGCACCAGAAAGCCGAGUAUCCCUUCGAUUCGACCGUCAAGAAGAUGUCCGUUAUUUUCGCUAGCCAGGACCGGGAGAUGAUCUUCACCAAAGGUGCCGUGGAGCGUGUUAUCGAAUCCUGCACAUCCGUCAUCUGGACACCGGGCUCUUCCCCUAUCCCUCUGGAUGAGAACAUCAAGGAAGAGAUCUUGCAGAACAUGGAAGCGCUCGCUAAGGAAGGUCUUCGAGUUCUCUGUCUUGCCUGCCGGGAAAACCCCAAUCCCGUGAAGGGCGAGGAAGUGCCUCCUCGUGAGGAAGUCGAAAAGGAACUUACUUUCUGCGGAUUGGUCGGUCUCUAUGAUCCCCCUCGCCCUGAAACGGCCGGUGCCAUUGAAGAGUGCUACCGCGCUGGAAUCUCCGUUCACAUGGUGACUGGUGACCAUCCCGGUACUGCGCGCGCGAUCGCCGCCCAGGUGGGCAUUAUCCCUACCGACAUGCACCGUCUGUCCAAGGAUGUGGCAGAUGCCAUGGUCAUGACUGCCAGUCAGUUCGACAAGCUGACCGAAGACGAAAUUGAUGAUCUGCCCACUCUCCCGCUGGUGAUUGCUCGCUGUGCCCCCAACACCAAGGUCCGUAUGAUCGACGCGUUGCACCGCCGAGGAAAGUAUGCGGCCAUGACCGGUGAUGGUGUGAAUGACUCGCCAUCGUUGAAGCGCGCCGAUGUUGGUAUUGCCAUGGGUCAAGCUGGAUCCGAUGUAGCCAAGGAUGCUUCCGAGCUGGUUUUGACUGACGAUAAUUUCGCUUCGAUCAUCAACGGAAUUGAGGAGGGUCGUCGCAUUUUCGAUAACAUUCAAAAAUUCGUCCUGCAUUUGCUGGCGGAGAACGUUGGACUGGCUCUCACCCUGCUCAUUGGCCUUGUCUUCAAGGAUGGAAACGGACAAUCGGUCUUCCCAAUUGCUCCUGUCGAAAUCUUGUGGAUCAUUAUGAUCACAUCUGGUCUUCCUGAUAUGGGACUUGGAAUGGAAAUCGCCGCGCCGGAUAUCAUGAACCGCCCACCUCAGAGUAAACAAGGUAUCUUCACCUGGGAAGUCAUCGUGGACACCCUCGUUUACGGCGUUUGGAUGGCGGCUCUUUGUCUGGCCUCUUUCUCCCUCGUGAUGUUCGGCUGGGGCGAUGGCGACCUCGCCAGCGGUUGCAACAGCGACGCCUCGGACGAAUGUACCACAGUGUACCGCGCCCGUGCAACCACCUUCGUCUGCAUGACCUGGUUCGCGCUCUUCCUCGCCUGGGAGCAGAUCGACAUGCGACGUAGUUUUUUCCGUAUGCAGCCCGACUCAAAGCGAUACUUCACGCAGUGGAUGUUCGACGUGUGGCGCAACAAGUUCCUCUUCUGCGGUAUCAUGAUCGGUUUCCUGACCACCUUCCCCAUCCUCUACAUCCCCGUCAUCAACACCAUUGUCUUCAAGCACAAGCCCAUCUCUUGGGAAUGGGGCGUCGUGAUCGUGGAAGCCAUCCUGUUCUUCCUCGGCGUGGAGAGUUGGAAGUGGGCUAAGCGGAUCUAUUUCCGACGCCAGGAUCGUCUUGGCAAGGGUAAGGGCGAGCGAAAGCUGCCCGGUGAUUUCAGCCGUUAUCCCACGAUGAGCCGGUCGGACACUCAGGCCACGGACAUGAAGGUUGAGCAGUCCAUGGUUUAGAUGUGGCCUUGAAUGCCAGGUAUCCGUUAGAGUGCCUGGAUACGACUUGUUAUCUCAAAAGCUUUGCUUGCGGAUCCCGGGAAGCCUACCUACCAGAUCCUUCAGGAUGACUGUUCAGUGCACAUCUCAACCGAGCAGUCCUCCAUACCUCAGCGCGAAACACCCCCCGCGACUGUGGAUGCGGAUAAACACUCACCGAACUAGUUGGCUUCCUCAGGACGAACGCAUGGUGACGAACUCUUUUUCUUCUUUUCGCUCGCACAUAUUUCGGAAUGAUUGGUUCACUGGAUAUGUUCGACAUGUUGCAUGUAAUGAGAUCAUAGCAUAUAGAAUUGAUGAAUUUCCUUGCACUGAAC